AUGACCGACCCUCUUCGCCCUGGCUUGCAGCCGAUCUCCCACCUCAAGGCUGGUCCGACAACCUCUAGCUCCAGGUCUACCGCAUUGCCCUCGAACCACCAACCACUUCAACGCCCUGCUUCUCGUUUACGGACUCAAAGAGCUUCUCAUCGAGAAGAUGUGUCAGAUGGAACCAGUGAAAGAGCUACAAGUGCUUUGAUACGACGCGUACUUUGUCCUCAGACAAGUAGCCAUGGCGCGUCUUCUCCGCAGCCUCUGGGAGAGCUGCUACCUCCGCUGACAAGCUCCAAUGACGUUGAUCGUCAACUUUACGCCAUUCUCGCCAUUAUAUUCAAAGAAUUCCUCUAUUCAUGGUAUUCCAAGAUCACUCCAGAUCAAGCUCUUGUCAAUGAAAUUCUCCAAGUAGUUGCACAUUGCACUCGUGCUUUGGAACAACGAAUCCGGGAGAUUGAUGCUGCACAGCUUCUACUUGAUGAGAUUCCCGCAUUGGUGGAAGCACAUAUCAUCUCCUACAGACUAUCCAAGCAACAGUCGUAUCUAUCAGGCUUGUCAACGUCGCAUCGUGCACUCUACCACGAGUUGAACCCUCAUCCAGGAUUAUCGCCAGUCCCAGACUCGGCAGAUCCCGAAACAAUUACGGCGCAAUCUGAGAAUGAGGCUGUAUACCGACGGCUGUUAGCCCAUGGAGCCCUGGCAGUUCUGUUGCCGACGGAAGAGUUGGAAAAUAGCAGUCUGCGCACACUAGUCGGAGAUAUUAUUGCAGACUUGAUAUUGGGUAAAGAGGUUGGCGGCCGAGUCUGUGAACCGGUCUUCUUCUAUGAGAUCAUCACUAAGCUCACUGUGAUAAUGAAAGACCGUAAAAGUCCAACUGAUACGAGCCCUGCAAACGAUAUCUCCACCAAUAGACUGGAGAAAUUUGGUCUCCUUUCGGACAGCGAUGAAUCCCUUAGUCCAUCAUCAUACAGCCAAUCGCAGGCCACAGCCUGGAUGUGGAAAGUUCUCCAAUUCAUCUAUCUUGGUUACGUUGCCUUGCGUUUCAUUGCGACGGGUCUAUUCCGCGUCACAUCGAAUCCAGAGCCGGGAUGCUCGCACGGAGCCAGUGUUUCAUUUCCCGCUGCAACACCAGAGUCCCCGAAGGAGGGCGUCGCGUCGUCGUUGUCGGACAGCCUCACCAAUAAGCGCCCAAUUCUCGACUAUCGAGUGGUCUCAAUGAUCUCUCAGUUAUUUGGGGUAUCCCAAAGAAUGCCAUGGUUUUCCGGAUUAAUCGCCCUUUUUCAAUAUCUGAUUCUGGCAGGACCAGGUCAGCUUGGUGACACGGACGGGGUCCUUGACAGGAGUACAUGUUGCCCCCCCACUUUGUUGCCCAACCUUCUUCUCGCAACGAGGUCUACUCUUUUUCCAGCCAAUGCACUAGCUGUGUCUGUGGGAAAUUCAAGUGCCCCAGUUUCGACUCCGCACGUGUCCGUGCCAUCCCUAACGUCUAGCGGGAAAGCCCUCACGAUAUCUGCUAGUGCUCCUUCUCCAGUUCCUAAUCCGGCAGGAGACAAGGUUGUUCCUACUGGGGUGGCUGGAAAUAAUCCAGUUGAAAAAAUUAAUGCCGGUAGUAACAGUCAAGUUAGUGGCAUUGGUCUAACUACUAAUAGUACUAGUGGUGGUGGUGGUGGUGGUGCUACUGCUAGUAGUAAUGGCGGUGAUCAUCAGCUUCCCACAGUGACCAUACUAUCACCAGGAUCUACCAUAUCGGAACCGACGGCAGAUUCCAACAAGCCCCCAACAGCCUCACCAACCGGAUCGGACAAACAACCUUCGUCCGCGGUCACGGAGAUCGCCGCUAUUAAGCGGCAAUGUGCAGCUAACCUUCUGGCUCUGAUUCCGCCCAGUAUCGCACAAACUUUCUUUGGCGUUCCGGUGUCCUCCAGAGGUGAUCGUACCUGCAGCACCACCACUGGGAGUUCAUCCCUCCUCACCACCAGUAUCUCCCCGUCUCCACCAACGGAGAAAGAGGGGGAUGGUGGACACCAGACCAGGCGAUCCUCAUCUCAGGGGCACACGAGGACGUCACCUUUAGUCUCUGAUGCCAAGGCAGCGUCUACCAUGUCAGGGCGAGAGUCAGGAGCAGGAAGUGGCGACACUAUUGCCGCUGAGAAAGGCUUGCCCCGCACGCACGAACUUGGUGACGAGGCCGAAAUUGCUCCGGAGGAAUUAUGCCUACUUGAGAUGAUCGAGACCGAUCUAUUGGAUCUCCUGGCGGAUGAGUAUUGUAACAAACAUCUUAUCUACUCCAUCCUCGAGACUGUCUUAGCUAAGGUCCUUCCUGAACUUGCUGAGCGUAGCGUUGCGGAUUUGAUGGAGGAUCGAGGUGUCUCUUCCGCUCCUAGCACCUUUUAG